CAAGUUCACACGCACACCAACUGUUUGUAGAAAUGUCAGGUCUUUUACUUUUCCUUAUUUGUUGAAGUACAGAGUGAAUCCAAGUGGAAGCAGCUUGGUGAAUUGGCUAUGUCGAUUGGAAAGUUGGACAUGGCCGAGGAAUGUUUGAAGUAUGCUGUAGAUUAUAGUGGUUUGUUAUUGUUGUACUCUUCCCUAGGAGACGCUCAAGGCAUAUCACAACUUGCAACCCUUGCCAAGGAGCAAGGAAAGAACAACGUUGCAUUCCUUUGUUUAUUUGUGUUGGGUAAAUUGGAAGACUGCCUUCAGUUGUUAGUAGAAAGUAAUCGGAUUCCAGAAGCUGCUUUGAUGGUUCGAUCUUAUCUUCCAAGCAAGGUAUCAGAGAUAGUUGCAAUUUGGAGGAAAGACCUGAGUAAGGAAAUUGAUGGUUCAAGUUCAAGCUUCAGUCAACUGUUUGGAAUUGAAGGGAGUUAUCACUAAACAAAUGACUGCAAUAGAAGAAAUGGUUGCAAGUGAGUACAAUUAGCCAGACCCUCAUCUUUGUGACAAGAUCUUGAAGUUAGUCAUUUGUGAAGCGUUCUAGUUUGCUAUUAGUUGUAGUUUU